CUCCGUUAUCAGUUACCUACUGAUAGUACUUGUGUACUUAGUUAUCAUACGCGUUUGUACUCCGUCGGAAAUGGACGAGGUUUUCGGUAAAAAGUACGUUUUAACCGAUUCGGAGAACUUUGAAGAUUAUUUGAUUUUUAUUGGUGUAAACUAUUUCGCUCGUAAAAUAGCGCUGAAACUAAGCCAGACUCACAUCCUUACCAAGAACGAGGAUGGCACAUACACCUUCCAGUUCAUAUCUCCUAUGGCCAGUACAACUGUCACCUUCACUUCAGGAGUCGAGUUCGAAGAGGUUAAAGCUGAUGGGGUUAAGGUAAAAGCGACAAUGACAAUAGAAGAUAACAUAAUGACGCACAUACAGAUAGAUGAAAACGGAAAGAUUUCUACGCACGUCAGAGAAUUUUGGCCUGACAAGAUGACUGUGACGACAACAGCUAAGGGACUGGAUAAAGUAGUAAAAAGAUAUUACGUCGUACAGCAAUGAUCUGGGUGACAAAGAAGAUUCUUCCAAUUCUAGUCAAAGAUUUUUAAGAAUAUUGCGUGAGUUUUUUGUCAAAUUUAAAAUAUAGUUUGAUGUAAUAGGAAUGUUGAUUGCUGAGGGUGCGUUUAGACCAAACAAUCAAAGAGUAGGUAGAGUACCUAUAUUUCAUAUCAUUUUAGCAUUGCUAAACUUUAAGUGUAAGAUUUUUAUCUUUCGUCUAAAAAUAAAUUGAAAGUUAUAAAAAGUAAUAGGUUUUACCUAUUACUUUUUAUAACUGAGCGAUUUGCUCAUUUGGCCUAAACAUACCCUUAGGUACCUAGAUAUACACAAAAAACAACCCAGAGUUUUUACAUGUUUGAGAAAAUAAAGUUUGCGAGCUUACAGAAAGUUAAUUUUAUGUUAAACAUGUUAUUUAUAAGUUUCUUUAAAUAAGCAAACAUGUUACUACAUUUACUACUUUUAUUGUAAGGAGAUAAACCUAUUGUUUAGAUUUUAGAUUAAGGAUCGUUAAAACUAUUAAGAUCGAAGAAUACUGCUGUUAGCAUGUCAGACACCUCAUGAAGUUGUACCUAAAUAUUUUAAUUUAAUACAUGUAAGAAGUAUA